CUCGGGGUUGCUGCCAGGUCUCACAAUCCAAAGACAGAAAAAAGAGAGUAUGGUGUGGAUUGCUAGACGGAGAAGGCAAAUAAAAACAGAGAGUAUAUUAGAGGGUAAGGUAUAUCAGAAGGUAAAGACUAGAAUUCAGAAUCUAGCUCACUCGAGUAGCACUGCAGCUCGAGAAAUCGUGCGAAUAUUAAUUUAAAAAACAACAAAACAACUUCCUCUUCCGUCACAAACAAUUACAAGUUAUGUGAUAAAGCUCGCAGCACCCGAUUCAUGUUGGUAUAUCUGAGAGAUAUUCAACUGUUUUCUAAUACGUCAACGUGUCAAAUUGUUUCAUGUGGGCUCAAGUGAAAUAAGUGAAUGUUUGUGGACAUACAGUGAAUGGUAGUAUUUUAUAUUGCAUUUUGUGAUAAUUCGUUGUGCAACAAUGGUUACGGAGGGUUUGUUGUUGGAGCCAACAUUGUACACAGUGAAAGGAAUUGCUAUUCUAGAUAAUGAUGGAAACAGAUUAUUAGCCAAAUAUUAUGAUAAGACCAUAUUUCCCACUGCUAAGGAACAGAAGGCGUUUGAAAAGAAUUUAUUUAGUAAAACACAUCGAGCAAAUGCAGAAGUCAUAAUGUUAGAUGGACUAACUUGUGUUUAUCGCUCAAAUGUAGAUCUCUUCUUUUACGUAAUGGGGUCUUCUCAUGAAAAUGAGCUUAUUUUGAUGUCAGUUUUGAAUUGUUUAUAUGAUGCUGUUUCCCAAAUCUUGAGGAAAAAUGUAGAGAAGAGAGUUGUUCUUGACAAUCUGGACAUUGUAAUGCUGGCAAUGGAUGAAAUUUGUGAUGGCGGUAUCAUCAUGGAAGCAGAUUCUUCAGCUGUAGUGCAGCGGGUAGCAUUGAGAACAGAUGACAUUCCUCUUGGAGAACAGACAGUUGCCCAGGUUUUGCAAUCGGCCAAGGAGCAGCUAAAAUGGUCACUUCUGAAGUAAAAUUAUAAAUAAGUCAAGAAUGAGUAUUUUUCCUCAUUAAAUAAUAAAAAUUGUAAUUUAAAUGAAUGUAAUAUAAAUACAAAAAAUUAUGCUACAAAUACAUCCUUGAUGAUAGGGAUUCAUGAUGAGAGAACCAACUUAAUAAAUAGCUUAAUAAAUAGGGCCCGGAUAAUCAUGUACUAAAAAUUGGAAAAAUAAGUACAUAUAUGUGUAUUACAAUAUGCAGUAAUGUGUACUAAAAAGAAAGAAAUAUGUAUCAUUAAAUCAAUUCUUUUUUAUUAAAAUACUUUUAUCUUAGGGUAUAUUGUUCUGUUUCAUAAUAUUAAGGCCCAAAUUAAACAUUAUACACUUCCUAAUCCUAUUAUUUACUAUGAUUUCCAUAACAAUAAGAAACGAAUAUUUGUUUCAAAUUUUCAGCAUUGAAACUUUUCCUAUUAUCUUGUAAGAGGGCG